UUAUAUGUCUUUUCUGCUUGUGUUCGUGCCAUCGAGGCUCCAGCAUUGAUACCCAGGGCAGCACUGACUGCAGGUAAGUCAUCAGCUGGGCAACGUGAUGGAUCUCUUCACCACCAGCCUCUCCCUGGCGGGACUGCAGCCUCCAAGUGACAGACAGAUUGACGGCAUCGACCUUUUACCUGCCAUCUUGCAGGGACAGCUAAUUGACAGGCCCAUCUUCUAUUACCGGGGCAACGAGAUGAUGGCCGUGAGAGUCGGGCUUUACAAGGCUCACUACUGGACCUGGAGCAACUCCUGGGAGGAGUACGGCAAGGGCAUCGAUUUCUGUCCUGGGCAGAAUGUCUCUGGAGUGACAACACAUACGAAGGAGGAGCACACCACUCUGCCCCUGCUUUUCCACCUGGGAAGAGACCCUGGAGAAAAGUAUCCGUUAAGCUUUGCCAGCGCUGAGUAUCAAGGAGCUAUGGAGCGAAUAUCUAACGUUGUCCAGCAGCACAAAGCGACCAUGGUGCCAGGACAGCCCCAGCUUAACGUAUGCGACAAGGCCGUCAUGAAUUGGUCUCCCCCUGGCUGUGAGAAGCUAGGAAAGUGCCUGAAACCGCCCGAGUCUGAACCCAAGAAAUGCAUCUGGCCUCACUGA